CUAUGAGGACGAGGCAGCAAUGACAGUGUCUGAAUCAAAGUCAUGGAGUGUGUAACUGUCUUUCCCAAGCAGACGUUCAGUCAGCUGAAGGUUGUUCGGCAGAGAUGGGCUCAGUGACCUCAGCUUUCACCAAGUCGCGCAACACGUUGGUCAAAGUGGGUUCGGAGCCGCAGAAAGAACCGGACGGGAAGCCGCGGACCGGGUCUGGUGUGAUCGUCAAACAGACUAGCAAAGAACCGCUGGUGCAGAAAACAAACUGCACAUCCAGAGCAAACACGCCACAGGUUCCUGCAUCUGCCACAGUGGCUAAUGAGGAUGGUGAGACCAACAGCCGGCCACUGGCGAGAUUUGCACGCUCAAAGUCUCAGAGUGCACUAUGGAACACACUCACAGCUGGGACAGGGAAGAAGGAAAAGGGCAAAGUUGAGAGGGACAUUCCAGACGAUCCACGCAGAAUAGAAGAGAUCCUGGCGGAUGAGCUUCCCGCUACAGACGUCCCAGAAGCAACAGAAAAAACUGCUGUCAGAUUACGAUGUUUGAUAAAACAGUUGGAGAGGGGAGAGGCGUCUCUCGUAGACCUAAAGAAAAACCUGGAAUAUGCUGCCACUGUUUUGGAAUCAGUCUAUAUUGAGGAAACAAGGCGAUUGGUCGAUACUGAGGAUGAGCUCAGCGACAUCCAAUCAGAUUCUGUGCCAUCAGAGGUCCGUGAUUGGCUGGCCUCCACCUUCACACGACAGAUGGGGCUGAUGAUGCGACGGACAGAAGAGAAGCCACGAUUCCGCAGCAUCGUACACGCAGUGCAGGCUGGGAUAUUUGUGGAGAGAAUGUACCGCCGAACUUCUAACAUGGUGGGACUGAGUUACCCUUCCUCUGUCAUAGCUGUGCUUAAGAAUGUGGAUAAGUGGUCGUUUGAUGUGUUUGCUCUGAACGAGUCGAGUGGCGACCACUCACUCAAAUUCAUCUUCUAUGAGCUCCUCACCCGAUACGACCUCAUCAGCCGCUUCAAGAUCCCUGUAUCAGCGCUGGUCUCAUUUGUGGAGGCUCUGGAAGUGGGUUACAGCAAACAUAAAAACCCCUACCACAACCUGAUACACGCAGCCGACGUCACACAGACGGUACACUACCUGCUCCUGAAGACAGGGAUGGUGCACUGGAUGACGGAGUUGGAGAUUUUUGCGAUGCUUUUCGCCGCUGCCGUCCACGACUACGAACACACCGGGACCACAAACAACUUCCACAUCCAGACCAGGUCGGACACAGCCAUCCUGUACAACGACCGCUCUGUUCUGGAGAGUCAUCACGUCAGCGCUGCGUAUCGACUGCUUCAGGACGACGACGAGAUGAACAUCCUGUACAACCUCUCCAAAGAUGACUGGAGAGAGCUCAGGGCGCUCGUGGUCGAGAUGGUUCUGGCCACUGACAUGUCCUGCCACUUCCAGCAGGUCAAAGCCAUGAAGAAUUUCCUCCAGCUGCCCGAGGGAAUUGAUAAACCCAAGGCUCUGUCUCUGCUGUUGCACGCGGCCGACAUCAGUCAUCCAGCCAAGAACUGGGAUCUGCACCAUCGCUGGACCACGUCACUGCUGGAGGAGUUUUUCCGACAGGGUGAUAAGGAGGCGGAGCUUGGUCUACCUUUCUCCCCUCUGUGUGACCGUAAGUCCACUAUGGUGGCCCAAUCCCAGAUCGGUUUCAUUGAUUUUAUCGUUGUUCCCACGUUUACGGUUCUGACGGACAUGACGGAGAAGAUCGUCACGCCGCUCAUUGAAGAGGCCACAAGUUCAGGCCUGGCUGGAUUUCGCAGUAUUACUGCUGGAGAUUCGAAGAGGAGCAGUGUGAACAGCUCUGGUUCUGAUGGCAGCGGAUCCCUGAACUGCUCGCUGCUCACUGUGGACCUGAAGAACUUCAAGACCAUCUGGAGCGAGGAGGUUUCUCUGAACCGAGAGCGGUGGAAGACGCAGGCGGAUAAAGAGAGGGAAGAGAAGGCCAAACGAGAGCUGGAGGAACAGCAGGAGGCAACAGCAGAAAACAAAGACCCAGAGCUGGCGGGACCAAAGAAAGACAGGGUGGGAGAAGACAACCCGGAGCCAGGGGGGGGGGACGGACCCCCGGAAGAAAGUCCCCAUGACAAAUCACAAAAACAAGGGGAACAUCGGAAAUUACAGAACGGAGAAGUGUCUGAAGAGGCAGAAUCACCAGCAGAUGAAGAUAAGAGAACACUCAGUGAACCUGCGAAUGCUUAGAGUGAUUUCCAGUGGCGUCUUGCGGUCCGACAUCAGACACAGAAGCGGUGAACUUCCCCUCGGUUCUGAAGGUCCACGGCGCCCUCUAGAGGACACAGCUAAUGCUUACAUCACUUUGUGUUCGGCCUCGAUCCCCUCCAAAGCCUUUGCUGCAAUUAUCUCCAGACUUUCAUAAGACUGAUCCCUCCGAACGAUGAAGAAUGUCACAGGCGAGGGACAACAGCUGCUUUUGUCUGGUCUGUUUUAUUAACUGAAGCAGAUCUCAUUUCCCUCCCAAACCUUUAGAGAGCAAUGAGUUCAUCCACU